AUGCAAAAAUUGCCAGCUAUCUUGGAGUCACUCGAUGGUGAUACCAAAAAAUAUGUUAUGGAAUGGGCAGAUAUUGUUCGAGCAAAACAUAGUUCAGAUAAUGAUUUUGACAGCGAUGAUGAUAAUAAUCCAAUCUAUUAUGGGGAUCCUCUUCUCAUAAUCGAAUGGAAUGAAACAGGACUAGCUCAACGAAAUAUUCAAAAAAAUAUUGUGUUGACUUAUAUUCGCUCAUUUCAAGGCUGUAAUCCUUUUCCAGGUAGUGGUCAGCCUCAAUCAAAUUCACUUUUCUAUAUUGUUAAUACGCCAGGUAUUCGGGCUCAACAAACAAUUUGUAAUAUUAUAUAUGGGCUUCAAAGAAUGUACGCACAAAGAAAUGUACCUUCUUUAGGAAGGAUUUAUUCUGUGGUUGCAGAAAAAAAAAAUACAUUUGAAGCUGCUGAGAUUCUUGGUGCUUUUGCUUUGUAA